GGCGAUGUCAUCCUGUCGGGGUUGAGAGACGGAAACCCUGUCAUCUAUCGAAGAAACUCAUGUUAGAAGUUGUCCUGAAUCUAUCCAUCUGUGGAAGUUGUGGACUGGUCAUACCAGGAGAAGUGUGCGGCUGUCCCUCAGACCCGACGGCGAACCCGGUCUCGACAACCUUACUCUCUGGGCCCGAAACCGCCGACCAAUCAUCUCCUGAAAUGUUCCUACCUAAUCUAAACAGCUCCCCAAGAAGGUGCCACCAAGUGCGGGAGCUUGUUUCUGGUUCCCCCGAGAUCUGAGGAGUAGCAUUUCCGGCUGACAUGAUCGCAGAUGGAGUUCAUGAGCGAAUCGAGUCGAACGGUCGAGCCAGGCGAGAAUCAAUAUGGAGCAGACGUGGAUCAGGCUAGAAGAGAACAACGCCGGCGGUUCGCCUCAGUUAUAUCCCUCUGGAGCCUCGCACAACAGCCGAGUGACCACACCGCUAGUCGAUCCGGACUCUCGGCGGCAUAUGCAGUACAAUAUGACCGACACGCCGCAACCAGAACGCGAAACUCACGCUCAUUCUCAGUUUCCCCAGUCUCCCGGGAUCCCAAUCCACGGCUUCAAUCACCCGCCACCAGGCUUCAGUGCAAAGACUCUCUCCCUGCAAUGUCAGAUCGUCAAAUCAUACCUUGCACCCAUCGACCUUUCGCUCGUGCUGCCGGUCAAGGGCUGUCGGCAUGAGGAGGAGUUCCUCCUCGGCGAAGUCCCCGAGAUUCCGUCACGGGGUGACUACGAGCUGGUGUCGCCUCUCUUGUAUGGAAAGAAGACUGGCUCGAGGAUGUGGACUGCGCUGCAUCUUGCAGCUCUCCUGGGUCAAGCCCUGAUCAUCGACACCCUGCUCAAGAAUGGAGCGCAAGCCGACAAAGCUGCGGCGGAUCCGAGAUCUUUGCCUACGCUGCCGGCCGCCAGAAACUAG